AUGCGUGGAUUCGCCGUCGUCGCUUCCGCCCUGUGCGUGAGCUACGUCUCCGCACAAGGAGCCGUUUGUUUCGACGACUUGGACUGUCUGCUUUCUGGUGGACAAAAUGCCAAGUGCACGAGGGCACAGCAAGGAGCAAUCACCGGAACGUGUUCAGGUGGACAAGCUGCCGCUGCACCAGCAGCAGGAGCGGCCAAGGGCAAGGGCACGAACACGGCUGCAGCAGAUCCUAUCGGCGCGCUUCUUGGUGGACUCACAGGGGCCAAAGCCAAAGGCAAGACUGCUGGUGCUGCUGCUCCAGCGAAGGGGAAGACCACGCCUGCUCUCGGCGCUAGACAAGCUGCCGCCGCUCCGGCUGCAUCAGCUGCACCUGCUGCGGACCCGAUCGGUGCAGUUCUAGGAACAGCUGCCGGCGUGCUCAAGGGCAAGGGAGGCCAGCCAGCUGGUGCUGCAGCCCCAGCCGGCGCACAAGCCGCUGAUCCUAUUGGCGCAGUUCUUGGAACGGCGGGCGGUCUUUUGAAGGGCAAAGGCCAACCAGCCAAUGCCGCAGCGCCAGCCGGUAAUGCGGCCGCUAACCCUCUUAAUGAUGUCCUCGGUGCUGCCGCCGGUGUCCUUAAGAAGAAGGGAGCGGCUACCCCUGCUGCUGCUGCUCCUGCUGCCGGGGCCGCCUCUCCUAAGCCUAAGCCUGCACCAGCUGCACCUGCCGCCCCUGCCGGAUCAAAGCCGGCUGCUGCCCCUGCGGCCCCGGCUGCUGGUAAGCCGGCUCCACCUCCACCCGCAGCCGCUGCCCCUCCCGCCGCCCCCGCAGCUGGCAAGCCCGCUCCUGCCGCCCCUGCAGCCGGUAAGCCCGCUCCGGCAGCCCCGGCAGCCGGCAUACCCGCUCCUCCACCCGCCGCUGCUCCCGCUGCUCCUGCUGGCGGAAAACCUGCUGCUGCUCCUCCUGCCGCCCCACCUGCUGCUGCUCCGGCAGCCCCGGCAGCUGGCAAACCUGCUCCUCCUGCCGCCGCUGCCCCUCCUGCUCCUGCUGGGGGAAAGCCUGCUGCUGCUCCCGCAGCGCCUCCUGCAUCACCUCCAGCUGCGGCACCUGCAGGGAAACUUAUGCGCGUUCGUUUUUAA